UUAACUCAUUGUCGAAAUUCUCGCCACACUAAAAACAACGGUAUAACUCAAAAAAUGGAAAUACUCAAGUUAGUUUUAGUGUUAAUGUUAACUUAUUUUACGGGUGGAGUUUCUGGAAAUUUCUUCGUUUGUAAUGAAGCGGAAGAUUGUGCGGCACCGGAAUCUAGUUGUACCGAUAAUUUUUGUCAAUGUCCAAUCGGAAAAACACUUACAGCAGAUGGAACUAAAUGUUUAGAUGUUGUUCUAAGUUAUGGUGGAUCUUGCACCGAUGAUGUUCAAUGCGCACCUCUUCUUGGAAAAAAUAUUUGUAAAUCAGGAGCAUGCGAAUGUGAUACCGGAUACAGAUAUCAUCAUGGAAAUUGCAUAAAAAGUGCAGGGUUAGGAGAAUUUUGCGAAAAAAAUGAAGACUGUUUUGUUAGUCCGGAUUUAUUAGCUAUGGUUUGUACAGAUUCUAAAUGUACGUGUAAUGUAGAUUAUUACCCAAGAGGACAGUUUGAUUGUAGACCUUUAGUAAAAGAAUAUGGGGGUGCUUGCGCAAUGGAUAGUGAUUGUCAAGGCCUCGAAGGUGCAAAAUGCACCAACAACGGUUGUGCUCAAACAACAGAACCGGAUAUUCCAAGUAAAAAAGAAAUUUUUGAAAGGCAAGAUGAUCAUCAUCAAAAAAAUACUAUUGCCGAUGACUGCAAUACCAAUGAAGAUUGUGUUGGAGGUGACCCCAAUUCCUAUUGUUCACCCAUCAUAAAAAAAUGUGUUUGUAAAAAGGGAUACUUUUUAAGUUCUGGAACUUGUUACGGCGAACUUGGCAUGAAUAUAGAAUGCACAGCUAAUUCAGAUUGUAAAACAACACCCAGAUUAUGUGAAAAUGGAAUGUGUAUUUGUGCAAAAACACAUUAUUAUAAACCAGCUCUCGAUGGAUGCAGUAAAGCUGGUUAUAAAUCAAAUGAUAAAAUCGUGUGUAACAAUGAUCUGGGCUGCAACGUUAUGGGCCCUCUUGCUUCUUGCGUAAAAGAAACAGAUCUCGAUUCUUAUUGUAUAUGUAAUUUUGGAUCAGAACUCAACGAACAUUUUAUUUGUACUCGUUCCACCGAAUGUGAAGCUGAAUGCGCUGAAAACAGCGACUGCACAAUAAUCAAUUCAAUUUGUGAUAAAGUAAAUGGAAAUUGCAUUUGUCCGGAUGGUUAUCGAUUAGAUUUAGAUGAAAAUAUUUGCACUCCAAAUUUAGGUUCGAAAUGCGAUGACACGCUUGCAUGCUUAUUGGAACACAGCAUUUGUGAGGAACUUGAUGAAGAGGAAAAUGAUGAUGAUAAAAAAUGUGCAUGCCAAGAAAAUUACGUCCAAAUUGACGAGUUAACUUGUCUUAAAAGUGCAAGUAUUCAUGAAGAUUGCACACAUUCUUUGCAAUGCACGCGCUCCAACACCGAGUGUAAACAAGGCAAAUGCGUUUGUAUUAACAACCAUCUCGAAGUGGGCGAUUUAUGUAUAAUGGCGAAAGAAAUGGGCGAUUACUGCACAAACGUCGAGCAAUGUCAAAAAACUUUGAGCAAAGACGUUUUGUGUAGAAAUAGCAAAUGUCAAUGUCCAUCUGGAUACAAAGUAAGCGAGGAUAAAAAAGGGUGUUUACCAAAAUAGCAUGUAUAAUAAUGUAUAAUAAAAAUUUUUUUAAU